AUGCUCCAGUAGUAUUAAAAUUAAUAGUAAUCAUAGGUACCAUAGAGCCAAAGACAAAGUAGAAGAAGUUCUUCUAACUUUAACCUUAAAGAUGAUAUAAGUAGCCAAAGUAACAAAGGAGAGUUUACUUAAGGCUCUACUUUUGGAAUUUAUGACUAGAAAAGCGAUAAUCUAAUUAACAAUAGUUUAAAUUCAUAGCAAGAAAAUCAAGGCAAAAUGCUGUUUUAAAAUAUUUAGAUAGAUUAAGCAGAUUAAAGUAAAAAUGCUGCAUUAAUAAAAAGUAGAUAAUAAAGUAGUAGUGAAAAUAACAGUAAUAAUUAACAAAGUUAGACUACAGAUCAAAUUAGAGUAAUUAUAGAUAGCUAAUAAAAAGCAUUAGAUUAAACCACAAAUUCAAGCUAAGGAAGUUAAAAUAUAGUAAAUGCAGUUGGUCAAGAGUAUUUGAAACGUUUUGAAAAUGAAAGUUAAGAAUAAUAAUUAUCAAAAAACAAUAAAUUAUGUAAUGCAAUAUCUAAGGAUAUUAAGGCAAAUUAUGAUUAGCAUUUUUUAAGCUAGACUUAAGUAUUAGAAAAUUAAGAAAGCAGCAAUAAUUAACAAAUAAAUAAGUAUAGUCAAUAGUAGGAAGUAGUAGAUUUUAAAAUGGACAUAGAAGAAACAGAUAACUAAUUAUAGUAAAAGUAAUUGAUAGAAAAUUAUGGAGAAGAGGAAGAAUGUUAAUAGUAUGAUAAUGAAAAUAAGGAAGAAGAACUUGAUGAAGAAGAAAAUUAAUUUGCCUAUAAAAAGGGAAAGUUUUUGAAGAAAAGCAAAAAGCCAAGUAAUGAUAUAAAUACAAAUGUAAAAACUAGGUCGAAGUUAGGAAAUAAGACAACUAAUAAAAAGGAUUAAAAAAAUAAUAAAGCUUAAAAUAAUAUUUAAAAAGCAGAGAACUCUAAGAUUAACACUACUCAAACUCAUUCUAAAACAGCAGGUAAAGGAGAAGCUUACUUCAAUAGAACAUAUAGAGGAAAUAAUAAUACAACCCAUGGUGGUUUAUCUAAAAUGAAUACAUCUGGAAACGAGAUAGCUAAUGCUGUCAUAAAAGAUGAAAUUGUUGAAUAGAAUAAAGCAGAAAAUUUGGACACAUUAGUAAAUUCCUUACAGUUUUAAAGAUAAAGCUCAUAGUAAUUAUUCUCAAGUGAUACUCAAAAACCUUGUUAAAGUUACUUAGCAUAGCUUAGUUUUUAAAAUAAAUAGCAGAAUAUUUCAGACAAUUAGCAAACUUAUAACAAGGAGAACGAUUGUUCUAAUAAAAUAGACAACAAGUAAUAUAAUUAGGAUGCUUAAAGAAAUUAACAGUAAAUAAAUUUGGUUCCUACUUUCUAAUAAAGUGGUAGAAAGUAUUUAAAAAGAGUUAUUGAUAAAAUUGUAUUAGAUUUCAGAUCGAAUUAGGAUCUAUAGCAGCAAUCACUUAAAGAAUUAGCAAUUACUCUUAACGACUUAUUUUCAUAAGUCAAUGAAUUACAUUUAAAAAUACCUGAUAAUUAAGAUUGGAACAACCUCAUUACUCUUGAGUUCAGUACAUGUAUGCCAAUAGUCCUUGACGUGAGAAUAGAUCCAAUAUGCUUCUAAAAAGUAGCUUUCACAAAUAUGAAUAAAGAGAUUUAGACUGCCUUUCGUAAGCUUAAAUUUGGAGAUAGAUUAAAAGAUAAUCCUAACACUUAACAAAUUUAAGAGGAAAUUCAAAAUUGGUUUUGCCCUGAAAAAGAUUUCGUGUGCAAAAAGAGCUUGGUUAAAGAGAAUUAUUUGUAAAGUCAAGAAAUAAAUUAAAAUUUAGAGUAACUUGAAUUUGAAAACUAUAGAUACCAACAAAUAUUUUUCAAAUCUUCUCUGCACUCAUUUUGCAGCAUAUGUCAAAAUCAAGCUAGUGAAUAACAUUAUCUACAAGCUAAUACUUAAGGAUUAUACUUUUGCUAUUCUCAAAAAGAUAUAUUAAUUUAAGACUUUAUUGAAUUUUUAGACAAAGUUUAAAUUAAUCUCUAAAAUCAAUACUCUUAGAUAUUCAACGAAGGAGAAAUUAGAGAAAAUUUAUGCUCUAACUAGUAAUUAUAUCUUUUCUAGCAUUUUAAGAAUAGGGAAUUUACAAAUUAUAAUGGAGAUUAAGCUAUUAGAGAUUUUAAAUUGUAGUAAAUUAGUGAAUAAAAAAUAUAAAAUAAAUCUGAAGAUGAUUUUAUUUAAACUCCAGUUUAAACAAAAAAUCCUAAUCAGCUUCCUUAAUCUAUGAAUAGAAAUAGCCAAAGUUAAGAAUAAUAUUUAAAUUACAGUACUCCUGUGACAUAACCUUUUAAAUUUUAAAAUUCUAAUUUUUAUCAAGAGCAGCAGUUAUAAAAAUAGUUUCAAAUCAACUCUAUGAACAAUAACAAAAUCAAUCAUCAUAUGCAGAGCUAUUAUGUAAGCUAAGAAGAUUUUAAAUAUAAUAAUUUUCAUAAAAAAUUAGAGAGAGCCCUUAAAUUAAAGCUUAUAGAGUCUGUUACUAUAAGAUUCUGUUUCUAGGAAUAUUACUAUGAAGAGUAAUAUGAACUUGUUUAAAAAAUUUAUAAUAUAAUAAAAAUAAUUUCGUAGAGAAUAAACAUAAAUAAACUUUAUUUAAGUGUUAAUCAAGGAAUUUCUCCUCUUAUACUUUCAUAAAUAAUUUUUGUUGAAGAGCUUAACAUUGAUUUAAUAGAGGCUGGAAGUUGCUUGAAGGAUAAAAAUGUAUUUUAUUUAAACUUAAGAAAACCUAAAUACUAAAUCCUUAAACAUGACCUUUAAAUAUUUGCAUAAAUAGUAAAUUAGAAUGCUUCCUUUGAAGAGAUUCAUAUUAAUUUUGAUGAAAAAUAAAAAACGUGCAUUUAAAGCAUUUCUCAUCUACUAACAAGGUAUAGAUAAGAAAUAAACUUAAAAGAGUAAACACUUACUAUUUUUAGAGAAAAUCUUCCUCCUAUUUAGGAAUUUCCUUCUUCAGUAUGUGAAUAUUUAGAUAUAAUAGACGAAUCAGGAAAUUUUAAUGAUAAAGAAGUAGAGCAAGAAGAAGAAGAAACAGAUUUAGUUUCAAACAAAUAUUCUUAAUCUCCUGAGAUCUAUAAUAAAUAUUCAAAUUAUGAUGAUUUAGGAUAAGAAGAAAAUAGCGUAGACAGUUAAAAUUCUUCUGAAAAAAAUAUUUUAGAUACUAAAUAAGAAAAUGAUUAAUUUAUUUAAAACAUACAUUGCCUUAGUGAAAAAAAUCCAUUUGACUCAGUCAUUGAUAGUAAUAAAAAUAAUAUAAUCAUUAAUUUAAUUUAAAAUGAAUAAAAUAACAUUGAAGUUUAGAAACUAAGCUAAAAUAAUAUAAGUUUAUAACUCAAAGAAGUAGAAGAAUAAACACCAAAAUUUAUAUCAAGUUAAAUAGAAACUGAAAAAUAGAGCCAAAAAAUUGAAGUAGAAGAAUAGUUAAUCGAAUAGGAAUCCUAAUAGGUCGAAACUGAUGUUACAUAAAAUUUGAGCGUUUCAAAAAAACGUGAGAGAAAAAGAUAACCUAAAAAAAAGGCUGACUUAAAUUUAGAAUAAAAAUAAUCUAUUUCAGAAAAGGCUAUCAGCAAAAAGAGGAAUUAAGAUAAAGAUGAAAAAAGAUAGUAGAAAAGCAAAAAUUAGAAAGUGAAUGCUAAAUAAAAAAAGGGUAAAGAUAAUGAACAAACAAUCAAAAAUUUAAAUUCCGAAAAUGAGUAAGAUUAAAAGUCCUCUUCAAUAAAUGAAUAGCAAGACGAUGAAAGCAAAGAAGCUUUGACAAACUUGGAAACUAAUCAGAUUAAUUCUCCUAAUAAUAGCAAUAACAGUACUAACUCGAAAGGAGAUCAAUAUCUUAACAUCAAAGGCAAGCAGUAAAUUUUGAAAUAAGAUUAAAACCCUUAAUAGUUACUUUACUGA